AUGGCACUCAUGUGGCGGUGGGUCUCUCUUGGUGGAUGGUGUGGCCCGCAUCUUAUGCUGUCCAAAUUAAACGCUCCCAUCAGUGCGGUGAAGCUACCAUUCGAUAUGGCGCGCUGCAGCUUUGAUGGGCUACUGGAGUUCACCAACCGCGGAUUCGACGAAGGUUUUUUUCCAGGGCCGUUGCAGUCCCGCCCCUUCACACCUGAUGCGGCGUCCAUUUGGUUGUUGUUCCGCGGUCAACAUACUUGUAUUACACAUUUUAACCUCAACAAUGAUAAUAUCGUUCAGGAGUUUGUAAAUCGCUUUGAUGCGUGGGAGAGAAUGCUGCUUCACCCCUCGCAUCCAGUAACGUUUCUCCGUACUAGCAUAGCGGAGGAUGCUUCUGAGGAAGUAGAGCUAAUACCACAAUUUCACUCCGCGCUGCAAGAGAAAAGCGCAGGCAGGUUAAAAUUUCGUACAGUUAUGGUCCUCCAUGACCAGGGGCCCACAACUUGUCGUGUGGCCGAGUUUACGGCCCAAGAUGCAGCAGGAGCACCAUGUGUUGUGUGGAACCUUGCACUAGAUAAAAGUUUACCAAGCACCGCAUCACUGCUUGACCGCUGCCACGACGGAUACGCGCAAAUAAUUAGUGAAAUGAGCAGUGAGGGUGCAUGGCAGUUUUCCACGAGGUUUCUUUGCCUACCCGCACCGAAACCUUACACAAAUCUUUCACGAGUGGAGGGCGUUCCUGCGCUCCGGGGUUCAUGCACUGGUUUCGGUACAACCCACGCCGCACGACUGGGUCGCUGCUUAAGUUGUGGCGCAACGGAUGGACACAAAGUUGUGCAGGACGCAUUCGAUACGAAACGACCUUGGGAAACUGCGGAGGAGGUUGUGCUCGUUGAAAAGUUGUUUCAGGCAGGUGGUGAUGAGGUUGCAGCGGUGGAGGCUGCUGCACUGGAACUGAAGCGAGGUGCCAACGAAGUGUUGUUACGUUUGCGUUACGUUACGCAAUGCUGA